CGGGUUCCGGGGCGCGCGGGCCCCGACACCCCCUCGGCGGGCGCGGGGUGCGGGCGGGGACCGAGGGGCGUUCGGGAGAGAGCGCUCUGGGGCGACGGCGAACGAAAGCUUUUUAAUUAGUAAUAAAACGCAACCAAACGCCGCGCGGCGGCCCGGAGCCGCGUCCGGACACUGCGCGCGUCUGCGGGGAGAGCCGAGGGGUCGGCGGCAGGCGGCGGCCGUCUCCUCCCUCCGCCGCCCGGCCAGGGCGGGAGCGGCGGCGCCGCGCGGCGCGGGGCGGGGGCCCGUCGCCUCGCCUCCGGGGCUACCUGGGUCCUUUUAAAGUGUCCGGGGUGCGGGCCCCAGGCGGGAGCGGCGGGCAGGGAAUGUUUUCUUAAAGGGCCAGUUCCGAGCUGCGCAGAAAAGGGGGGGAGGGGGAGGGCGAGAAGUGAGGUGAAGACCGGGAAGGCCUCGGAGAGCCCCCCAAUCCCGCGCCGAGGCGGCGGCGGCGGCGGCGCGACGAAGAGGAUGAUGAACACAUUGCAAAGUUUUUUUGGCCCCGGCGAGGGGUGUCAGAUUGAGUGCUCUGUGCGCAUGUGCGAAGGUGUCCAAACUGACAAUGCUAGGGAGAUGAAGAUAGUGUGUAGCUGCUUCUGGGCUCAAGGAGGAGGAGAGAGAUUCCGCGAGCCGACACCAUGCGAUCCAAGGCGAGGGCGAGGAAGCUAGCCAAAAGUGACGGUGACGUUGUAAAUAAUAUGUAUGAACCUGACCCGGACCUGCUGGCCGGCCAGAGUGCCGAGGAGGAGACUGAGGACAGCAUUCUGUCUUCCAUCCCUAUGGGGCCGCCAUCCCCCUUCCCCACCAGCGAGGACUUCACUCCCAAGGAGGGCUCGCCCUAUGAGGCUCCUGUCUACAUUCCUGAAGACAUUCCAAUCCCACCAGACUUCGAGCUGCGAGAGUCCUCCAUCCCAGGAGCUGGCCUGGGGAUCUGGGCCACGCGGAAGAUGGAAACUGGGGAGAGGUUUGGCCCCUACAUGGUGGCACCCCGGGCUGCACUGAAGGCGGCCGACUCUGGAUGGGAGCAGAUGCUGACAGAUACGGAGGUGUCACCCCAGGAGAGCUGCACCAAAAAGCAGAUCUCUGAAGACUUGGGCAGUGAGAAGUUCUGCGUGGAUGCCAGCCAGGCGGGGGCCGGCAGCUGGCUCAAGUACAUCCGUGUAUCAUGUUCCUGUGACGACCAGAACCUCACCAUGUGUCAGAUCAAUGAGCAGAUUUACUACAAAGUCAUCAAGGAUAUUGAGCCUGGAGAGGAGCUGCUGGUGCAUGUGAAAGACGGCGCCUACUCCCUGGGUGUCAUGGCGCCCAGCCUGGAUGAGGACCCCACGUUCCGCUGUGACGAGUGUGAUGAGCUCUUCCAGUGCAAGCUGGACCUGAGGCGCCACAAGAAGUAUGCAUGCAGCUCUGCGGUGGCCCCGCUCUAUGAGGGCCUGGGGGAGGACCUCAAGCCUGAGGGCCUCAGCGCGGCCAGCGACGGGCAAGCGCACGAGUGCAAGGACUGUGAGCGGAUGUUCCCCAACAAAUACAGCUUGGAGCAACACAUGAUUGUCCACACGGAGGAGCGUGAGUACAAGUGUGACCAGUGUCCCAAGGCCUUCAACUGGAAGUCCAACCUCAUCCGCCACCAGAUGUCUCACGACAGUGGCAAGCGCUUCGAAUGUGAAAACUGCGUUAAGGUAUUCACCGACCCCAGCAACCUCCAGCGUCACAUCCGCUCACAGCACGUUGGUGCCCGGGCCCACGCCUGCCCAGACUGCGGCAAGACUUUCGCCACCUCCUCCGGCCUCAAACAGCACAAACACAUUCACAGCACGGUGAAGCCAUUCAUAUGCGAGGUCUGCCACAAGUCGUACACGCAGUUCUCCAACCUGUGCCGGCACAAGCGGAUGCACGCCGACUGCCGGACGCAGAUCAAGUGCAAGGACUGUGGGCAGAUGUUCAGCACCACCUCCUCCCUCAACAAGCACCGGCGCUUCUGCGAGGGCAAGAACCAUUACACGCCGGGCGGCAUCUUCACCCCGGGCCUGCCCCUGACCCCCAGCCCCAUGAUGGACAAGACGAAACCCUCGCCUGCCCUCAACCACGGGGGCCUAGGCUUCAGCGAGUACUUCCCCUCCAGGCCUCAUCCCGGGAGCCUGCCCUUCUCGGCCGCCCCGCCGGCCUUUCCCACACUCACUCCAGGCUUCCCAGGCAUCUUCCCUCCGUCCUUGUACCCACGACCACCUCUGCUACCUCCCACGCCACUGCUGAAGAGCCCCCUGAACCACGCGCAGGACGCCAAGCUCCCCAGCCCGCUGGGAAACCCAGCCCUGCCCCUCGUCUCCGCAGUCAGCAACAGCGGCCAGGGAGCCGCGACCGCCGGGCCAGACGAGAAAUUCGACGGCCGCUUGGACGAUACCUACGUGGAGAAAGUCAAGACCAGGAGCCCUGACAUGUCUGACGGCAGUGACUUUGAGGAUAUCAACACCACGACGGGGACAGACUUGGACACCACCACGGGCACAGGCUCAGACCUGGACAGCGACGUGGACAGUGACCGAGACAAGGGCAAGGACAAGGGCAAGCCGGCGGAGAGCAGAGCCGAGUAUGGGGCUGGCUCAGUGGCCCCGGGGGCCGUGAACAGUGUGGCAGAGGUGCCGGCCUUCUACUCACAGCAUUCCUUUUUCCCGCCACCUGAGGAACAACUGCUGACGGCCUCAGGAGCUGCCGGCGACUCCAUCAAGGCCAUCGCGUCCAUCGCGGAGAAGUACUUUGGCCCCGGCUUCAUGAGCAUGCAGGAGAAGAAGCUGGGCUCACUCCCCUACCACUCCGUGUUUCCCUUCCAGUUCCUGCCCAACUUCCCCCACUCUCUCUACCCCUUUACGGACCGAGCCCUCGCCCACAACUUGCUGGUCAAGGCUGAGCCAAAGUCACCCCGGGACGCCCUCAAGGUGGGCGGGCCCAGUGCCGAGUGCCCCUUCGACCUCACCACCAAACCAAAAGAGGCCAAACCUGCCCUGCUCACACCCAAGGUCCCCCUGGUCCCCUCAUCCGGUGAGGAGCAGCCGCUGGACCUGAGCAUCGGCAGCAGGGCCAGGGCGAGCCAGAACGGGGGCAGCCGGGAGCCCCGGAAGAAUCACAUCUACGGCGACCGGAAGCCGGGGGUCGGCGAGGGGCUGCCUAAGGUGUGCCCAGCGCAGCUGCCCCAACAGCCCUCCCUGCACUACGCCAAGCCUUCACCCUUCUUCAUGGACCCCAUUUACAGCAGGGUAGAAAAGCGGAAGGUGACCGACCCUGUGGGAGUCCUGAAAGAGAAGUACCUGCGGCCGUCCCCCCUGCUCUUCCACCCCCAGAUGUCAGCCAUAGAAACCAUGACAGAGAAGCUGGAGAGCUUUGCAGCCAUGAAGGCCGACUCAGGCAGCUCCCUGCAGCCCCUGCCUCAUCACCCCUUCAACUUCCGGUCCCCACCCCCAACGCUCUCGGAUCCCAUCCUCAGGAAGGGCAAGGAGAGGUACACGUGCAGGUACUGUGGCAAGAUCUUCCCCAGGUCUGCAAAUCUCACAAGACAUCUGCGGACGCACACCGGGGAACAACCAUACAGGUGCAAGUACUGUGACCGGUCAUUCAGCAUCUCCUCCAACCUGCAGCGGCACGUGAGGAACAUCCACAACAAGGAGAAGCCGUUCAAGUGCCACCUGUGCAACCGCUGCUUCGGGCAGCAGACCAACCUGGACCGGCACCUGAAGAAGCACGAGCACGAGGGCGCGCCAGUGAGCCAGCACUCCGGGGUGCUCACGAACCACCUGGGCACCAGCGCCUCCUCCCCCACGUCCGAGUCUGACAACCACGCACUUUUAGAUGAGAAGGAAGAUUCCUACUUCUCCGAGAUCCGAAACUUCAUCGCCAACAGCGAGAUGAACCAGGCCUCCGCUCGGAUCGACAAACGGCCUGAGAUCCAAGACCUGGACAGCAGCACCCCGUGUCCAGGCUCAGCCAGUGCAAAGCCAGAAGAUGUAGAGGAGGAGGAAGAGGAAGAGAUGGAGGAAGAGGAUGAUGACAGCUUAGCCGGGAAGUCACAGGAGGAUGCAGUGUCUCCCACACCUGAGCCCCAAGGAGUCUAUGAAGAUGAAGAGGACGAGGAACCACCCAACUCCCUGACCAUGGGCUUUGACCAUACCCGAAGGUGUGUUGAGGAGCGAGGAGGCGGUCUGUUAGCUUUGGAGCCUACGCCGACCUUUGGGAAGGGGCUGGAUCUCCGCAGAACAGCUGAGGAAGCAUUUGAAGUUAAAGAUGUGCUUAAUUCUACCUUAGAUUCUGAGGUUCUAAAACAAACCCUGUACAGGCAGGCUAAGAACCAGGCGUAUGCAAUGAUGCUUUCCCUGUCUGAGGAUGCCCCUCUCCACGCCCCCUCCCAGAGCUCACUGGAUGCCUGGUUGAACAUCACGGGAGCCUCAUCAGAGCCUGGAGCCUUUAACCCCAUCAACCACCUCUGAGGUCCUGGAGGCCCCAGGGCCAGAGUCCAAAGCCAGGGUACCAGCUGCAGGAGAUGGAGGAGGGACCAGCUCCUGACCCUUUACUUGGCCUCACCUCUGCUUCUAACCCCGCCCGCCAUGGCCCAAGUCCAGCUUCUCCAAGGAAACUCAGAACCUGAAGGUCCCUGGAGUAGCCGCUGACCUUCACCACGUCUCAGAACUGGCCUCAAGGACAUGGUCUGCAGUGGUGCAGUGCUUGGCCACCAGGAACAGCUCACAGAGCUGUCAGCCAGCUAGUGGGCAAGGGUGGAAUGUCUAUCCCAGUAGGAGCCAGUUGGCCACAUCUUGGCAGCUGCAUGGCGCGAAGGAGGGGAACAGAACCAAGCAUGUGCUAUGGAGAGAGACCUCACAAAUGAUUUUUAUAAUGAAAAUUACAUGGAUAACCCUUUUGGUAAUCUUAUUGACUAUAGAAUCUAUUUAAGCAUGUGCGUUUUAAAAAUAGACAGUAUUUUUUAAAAAAUCAGAAAUGACUUGCAAAAUGUUUUUUAAAAGUAAUUUUGCAUUGCUUUGAAAUUUCAGCUUAUUGGCAAACCCAUAUCUUCCAGGACAUUGAGCGCUGCUCGGGUGUGCCCUUUCUAUGUAGAUAAUGGAGAAUUUUCUAUCUCUGACCCUGUUUGUACAAGCCAAGGUGAUUCUGGGUGUGCCCAACACAGGAUAAGGGGCAUGGAGCCACUCAUCUCAAGAGGACGCUGACUACACAGGACUUCAAGACAUGGUGCCUGGCUGCAGGUUUGUGGAGGCCAGGAUAGGGAGGUUGCCUUGCUCCAUGUGGCCUGCAGAGGAAUCCACAGGUCCCCACCCAAGACCCCCAAUUGUAUGGGGAAGUCGGGAGCCGGUGGCUCAGGUCUUCCAUGCUGGACACCCAAUGGUCGGUUCCCCUUCAGCAGCCCCAGUGCUGGCCUCAACUGCUGCUCUCUGGAGGGCGGGGAUCUGGGCCACUUCUAGGCCUCCAGCCCUCUAUGCCAAGCCCUGGCAGCCUGAUGUCCUCCCCGUGGCCACUGGACAGCCUACCCACCCGCUCCGCCACUCUAGGACACCGAGCAGUACUGUGCCCAAGACUCCAGAUCGUCCACAUACCGUCACUUCUGGCCCUUGUGUGGGCUCCUGGAGAGAUGUGGUCAGGAACAGGAGGAGGACACAGGGGACCUGCCACAGCAAAGAGCAGAGACAGCACACCCUAGGACUGGAUGCCUCACUCCCUCAGGACAGUCGGGACGUGUCUACUCUGCGUGGAUGGGCUUUAACUUAUCCCAUAGGGGCCAAUUUCAUAAUUUCUUUCCCUGAUGGAAUUUACCUUAAUCUGUAUAUAACUUGUAAUUUUUUUUCUAAUUCAUUUCUUUCCUUAUUUUAUUUCUUCCUUAACAGUAUUUUUUUGGCAUUGGACAACUUAUUCUGAAGAAAUGAUGUUAAUAUAAGUACGUAGUGAAGGACCAAAACCGUGUGAUAAGGUUGUGUGCCGUGUGCUCGGUAGCCAGGGAGUGGGGCGGUUGUUAAUGUGCCAAAUACCCCCGUCCCUCUCUGGAGGAGCCCUGCGGUCACCGCUGCCCAUUUACCAGACAAUCAUAUGAUUUUGUUAAAUUUGAGUUUCAGUUACAUUUUAAGACAAGUGUUCUAUUUAUUUUAUUGUUUGGAAGGAAAGACAAACAAACAGUGAGUAUUCCAACAAGAACAAAGGGGAAACUGCCUGGGUCGCCCUGUUAAAGAGUGAGAGCUAGUGUCAGCGUCAUCAGCCAUGGUGCAAGUAUGUCACACACUGGGCGUGUCCCUGAUUCUCUUGGGAGCACCUGAAACAUCCAAGCAGGUGUGUCUCAGAUGUGCUGUGGCUGUCCUGGGGCAGAGACAAUCAUGUCUGUCGAUGUGGGGCAGCCCAGGGUAUGCUGAGAGCCAUGACAGGGCAAUCCCCGAAGCCUCUACUGCCCUGCAGAUUCCAAGGAAGCCCACUGACGUGGCAGAAUAGCAAUGUGUGGAGUCAACAGCUGGGGGGGGCAGCGGGGACACCCUGCCAAAGCCUUGUGGUGGGGACUUGUAGGCCCAGCUGCUCUACAUGGCUCAUGGUGUCCUCUCAAUGAUGGGCCGGGCCUCGGCUGAAGGAUUCCAGUUUCCUCUAGGUGGGAGCAAGGUGGGAUCUGUGUAUAACUUAGACCUCAGAUUUACAUGUCCCACUUUUGUAAACCCCAAAUAACUUGCCUGCUUCUGAGAAGGAAAAAAAAAGCUAUGUGCUUUUUUCCGAGAUGUGACUUAGUCUGUCCAGCAUGGAGAGUCUCAGAUGUAGACCUCUGUGUUCCUUUGGACGGCAGCAGAGCAGGUGUCCUCCUUGUCCUCUUUGGCAUUCCCAACCCCUGUUCUCCCUUUCUAACCGUUAUCCCUCUCUGCAGGAGUCCCAGCUGUGCUGAGCCACAUGCUUUGCCCCCAAGCCAGGUUCUCUUCAGCACUCAUCCCCUUGGGCACUUGGAACUUGAAGGGCUCUGUCCUUGUCCCCCACCCCGACCAACACUGCAUCUCCAACACGCUGCCUCCACGCUGCAUUGCUCCCAAGCAGUGAGCGCUGCCAGCCUGGCAUCUCUGUACUCUUGCAGUGCCCAGCUGGCUCAAGCAAGCAUUGGGGUUCAGGAGACCCACUCAGAGUCAGGGAGCUGGACCAUGUCUUGACCAUGCAGCCUAGGGGGGCAGGACAGGUGUCCGGCCAGGACUGCUUCCCCAGCGAUACACUUCCCUCCCAAAACAAGUUCCAAGGAGGCCUCCCAGGUUGCAUUCCCUCCAGCCCCGAUAAGGCCACACUGUUGCCCUGUCAUUGCUGCCGUUCCUAGGGUGAUCAGGUAGGAAACACAGGGCUUCGCCUUCCUGCAGGUAAGGUAGAGUGUGCAUGAGCGAGACCCAGAGCAAACCCAGGGCGCCUGUGUCAGUGCUGGGCGAGCACGCGGCCGAGCCUGCUGGCCUGAGGGGCCCUUCUCCCCAAGGCCAGGAGAGCAGGUGAUCUACCCAAACCCUGGUUGACCUAAUCCCUCUGCCUCCCAGAGGCCAGGCUCUCAGAGCCUUGGCUUCCUAUGCCUCAUCUGCUUCCCCAGUAAGUGUUUGUGAAAGCACCUGCUAAAAUACAUAUCACGUGUUUUAGACGCGAAGCUCAAAGCACUGGAUCAUGGUCCCUAUCCCAUCCCGUCUCCAUGCCCACGUGACUGAAACCUACUGAGCUGUUCAUUGCGCUGUUCCUGGAAGGGAAGAGGAGGCUCCCUGGGCUGCUGCUGGGACAGGAGGGCGGGGAGGCCUGGGAUAGACAGCGUUCCUUCCUGCCAGUGGACACUGGGACACCCCUGUCCACGGAGAUCAGCCGGGUAUCAAAAGCCAUGGAAACUGUCUCUGUAGCCUUGAGCCGUACUGUGACAAGACAUUCUUGCAUUAUCCCAGACGAGUUCCUUUCUCCAUUCCAGUCAUUUGUUUGUUCGUUAAUUCCUUUCUGUCACCAAUCCACAUCACCACUUCUAGGAGGGAAGAGGCCAAGUCGAGGAAGGCAGCUUGAAUUUCAGGAUGUGCGAUUCACUUGCAGUUAGAGGAGGCUGGGCACUUUCUGCAGUGCCUCCUGCGGCACUGAUACUCUCUUUAGCACGGGGGGAGUGGGGCCCUGGUGUCAGAAUACAUAACUUAAAGCCUGUGUGUGUGAGUGCGUGAGGGUGCUUGAGUGUGUGUGUGUGUGAGAGAGAGAGAGAGAGAGAGAGUGAUGAGUGCAUGUGUGUGGUGUGUGCGUGCACUUUGAACCAAUAGUAUAUAAAUAUAAAUAUAAAUAUAUAUAUAUAUCCCUGACACCUGCGAGAAUUCCUGACCUGUACGAGUGUGGCCAUUGUUACAUUCAGAUCUGAUCCAGUUUGUUUCUGUUUCUGUUUUUGGGUUUUUUGUUUUUGUUUUUUCUUUUUAGAACUAUAUAGCGUUGAGAAAGAAAUCAAAUGUAAAUGUCUGGUUUUCAUAUAAUGUUAAAAAAUUAAAAACCAUUAAGGAGGAGGCUGGUGUCUGCCCUGGCCCCCUUCCUUGUAAAUUGCUGUUGUGUUGAUAAGCUGUGCAUGGCUCGUGUUUAGCGGUCAUUAUUGUGUCUGUUUGUGAAAUUUUUAUUACGAGGAAAAUCCCGUAGAUGCACUUAUUGGCUAUGUGAUUAGGGUCUAAGUCAAGGCCAGGAGUCCUGAAAUACCCAUGGAAAUGGACCGCGGUUCCGACGACUAUGGAAACCACUGCGGCAGAAUCAUGAAUUAAGAAGACACGAUGUAGAGAGUAGUCAGAAGUGAUUUUUGCAGAUCUCAUACUGAGGCUUGUGGCAAAGACAAAUGAACUUACGUAGAGAUUUCUGUGAGGGAAAAGCCGGGAGAGGCUGCCUUUGAGGUCAAUGCUGUAGAAUAGGACUGACUGGAUACCAAAUGUAAUCUUUCCAAUGCUACAAUGAAUUUAUACAUGAGAUUGAUAUGCAAUAAAUCUGUGUGUUUUCUAA